AUGUUCCAGCCUAUUCGUACACCAUUAUUCUACCACACGUCCUAUGGAGUAGCGAACGCGAACAUCCCAGAUUACACAUUUGCAUCCACUCCGCUGGGUCAGGGCCGCUGCGGCAGCGGUGGGGGGGUUAAUACCGGCCCAGAUGCCCUGAGUCCGGAUGCUGCUGCCAGCGCCUACGCCUCACCUAAUUUCCACGGCCUCCUCGACAAUAAUCCACAACACCAUCUUCCUCGUGACACAUAUUCGUCGCCCCAAAGUCUUUACCACGGGUUUCCCAAGGCUUACCGUAACGGCAGACAUCGCGGCGUCAAGAUGGAACCGCCGAGUGAUCUUGCACAACAGGAGGCAGCUGCCCGGGACUACAAGCCUGAGCUUGAGGGCCCUCUAGUCGGUGAGCAAAAGUCAAGUCAUGCAAUUACGGAAGAAUACGCGAAGGCGAAUCCGAUAUAUGUCACCAAAACAAUAUGGCGGCAAGCUUUCAGCGCUCGCUGGCAACCUCAACGUGUUUUCCACGUUGCUCUUCACGACGCCACUGCUGACAGCUGUGCACCCCUUCAUCUUACCUUGAUCUACCCGAACCAGAAUGUUGACUUUUCAUUCCAGGCACUGCCCCAUACUUACUCUCUCUACCGGCCGAUCCAAGGUGAUGGUAAUUGUGGCUGGCGAGCAAUCGGCUUUGGCUAUUUCGAGAACUUGAUAAGAUGCAGAGACAUCAACCGCCUGCAGGCUGAAUCGGCCAGGCUGACAGCGUUGAAUGAGUACAUUGAGAAAGUAGGAGGGUACGACCCUUAUAUCUUUGAGGAUAUGGCAGAGUCGACUUUCGACCUAUUCGCGGAAAUCACACAAGCAGUCAGCCAACGGCAGGAUGCCAUGCCGAUUCUGCUCAACAAGUGGAAUAGCAUAGACCACUCGAACGCAAUGAUCUACCAUCUCCGUCUACUGGCUGCUUCAUGGUUGAAGGGAAAUUUGGCGCAGUAUGAGCACUUCAUAACCGGAGAUGCCAACAGCUACUGUGAUGAGUGGAUCCUACCGGUCAACAAGGAGAUCGAUCAAAUUGCCGUGGACCUGCUGUUCAAUAUCUUCCUCGAGCCGGCGAAUGUUGUCUUGGAGAUUGCGUAUCUUGACACGAGUCCAGGGGCUGAGGUAAAUGUGCACAGAUGGCCCGAUGAAGCCAAAGGUAUGGAUCCUACACAGCUCGGUCCUACAAUCAACCUUCUUUAUCGUCCCGACCACUACGAUAUCCUAUAUCGUGAUUCCGUUCCGCAGCCGCCUCCACCUGCAGCACCCGUUUCACUACAUGUCAACCGCGUAGCCUCUCUUUCGCAUCAACAUGAGAUUCAGAAUCAUGCUCCCGUUCCACUCGGGACGUACCAUAAUCUCGACAUGACUGCCCUUAGUAUGCUACCGGGCUUUGAUUCUGCCCCAUUCGCACCUCUUGGCUCUCCCCAGCCUAUGUCUCCCAUGGGGUCUGCUUACAGCCCUUCACCACAGCCAGCAUGGAUACAACAGACACCUUAUUCCGAUCCCGUACCAUCAGCUUCCUCGCCAAUGUCCUCGACCCAUAGUGGUCCGUCCCAGCCAUCACCCCAGCCCCAGUCACAGGAUGCUCCCACGGGAGGUCUGGCAUCACUUCGCUUCAGCAAGCACAUGUUCCCCAUGCCUGGUGGGUCCGAUUCGACUUCUUACACGCCAGAACCAACAUUCCAAGUUCAAACAAAUAUAUUCAAGCAGAGUUUUUACAACACAGCACACUAUAACAACCCUCAUUUUCAACCGGAAGAGUACAGACCGGAUCAGGACGACGAGAUACCCACGGGCAGAAUGAGCGGGCGAAAACGGAGUCCCUAG